UGGUAUGGAGAGGCACGUCUGCCGAAUCCACGGCUUCUACCCCAGGGAGAUCGAUGCCUCCUGGACGAGGGAUGGGGAAUUCUGGCUGCAAGACACCUUCCAUGAGUCUCUGGCCCCCAACUCAGAUGGGACCUACUAUUACUCGCUCGGAAUCCAGAUCGAUCCCAAGGAGAGGGGCCGCUAUCGGUGCCAUGUGGAGCACGAUGGCUUGCAGCAACCUCUGGACCUGGCCCUGAAGGUUCCAGGAUCCAGUUCCAGUCUGGGGCUUAUCAUCGGUGUUAGUGUGGCUGGCGUUAUCUUGGUGUGUGCAAUUUCUGGGAUUCUGGCAUUUCUCA